AUGGCGUCCGCCGCCGACCUCGACGGCCUCGUCCUCCUGCGACAGUCCAUCUCCUCGAAAGCGCCUUUCAUCCCAAGAGCAUCCGCAGAUGUCUCGGCCGACGCCUCAGCGCCAGCGGUUCCUCUCUCACAGGCUACGCACCUGUGCUUCCCCGACCGGAGCGUCGCCGUCCCCAUCGAUAGCCCGACGCGCUUCGUGUCGCACGACAAGCCUGUCGACCUGCGCAGCAUCUACUUUGCCUGGUUGAACCGCGAAGUCGCCAUCCCCGAGUACAAUGCGUCGGCUACCAAGCUCAACGAUGAGCUCGCCGCCGCUGGUGGUGCUGGCAAGGUCCAGAACCUGGGCUUCAUCGAGCGACUGGAUCUGAUUACCUGGCUUGAGGGCGCCAGUGAGGAAAGCGAGUACAUCAAGCCCGUCGCUGGCGACAAAGAUGCUGCGGCUGCUGGCGCGACUACAACGGCAAAGACGGGCGCCGUGUCAUCGGCCGCGCAGGCGCGAUCAGGUCGCGGUACCAUGGACCCCAGACUGGCUGGUAUUUACAACGGCGAGCGACGUAUGGGCGAUCGCAACACGGUUCUCAGGGGCAUCAAGCCCACAGACUUCUCCCAUGUGCGCAAGCUUGCUGUGCCCUUCAUCCAGAAGAAGGCCCAAUCCAGUUCUUCCAGCAUCCCAACCAACCCUUCUCUCGCGCUCAACCAAAAAGUUCCCACACGGCGACCAGACCCUAUCAUCCUUCUAUCUCCCUCCGCAUCCUCUCUCCUCCGUCUCUCCAAUGCGCGAUCCUUCCUCGAGGAUGGCAAGUUCACCCCUCCUGAUGCUGGAGGCUCCACGGCCACUAUGCUCCACGUCCAGCGUACUAUCCGCGCUGUGGAUCCAAACCGCCCAAUGCGCUUCAUCCUAGUCGAGGGCUCAGAACAGUUCAAGCCUGAGUACUGGAACCGCAUCGUCGCCGUCUUCACGACGGGCCAGACGUGGCAGUUCAAGAACUACAAGUGGCAUGACCCUGAUGAGCUAUUCAAGCACACACUCGGCAUCUUUGUUGGCUGGCGAGGCGACCAGGCCCCGGAUAACAUCCGCGGCUGGGGCCAUCGCGUGCUGUCAACGGGUAUCGACCGUUGGCGCGGCGAGGGUCACGAUGCCUCUCGCUUCCGUGACAAGGAGAUUGUGGAACACAUCUGGCGCGCCAUCGAGGAUAACAUGCGGGCUCGGGGUUGGAGAAAGGACAGGGCUCCUGCUGCGCUAUAA